AUGAGGUCGAUAGCUGCGCCGGCGGCGACUCCUACAGCCGCCGUCUCGCCCUGGCACUCACCGGUCCCGUACCUGUUCGGCGGGCUUGCCGCUAUGAUUGGGCUUAUCGCCCUCGCACUUCUCAUCCUCGCCUGCUCCUACUGGAAGCUCAACAACAUUCUAGGCACCGGCAGCACCUCCUCCUCCGGCGCAGGUGCCACCGACGGCGCCGGUUCCAAAUCACCGGCAGGCGCUGCAGCGGCGUCUCCGGCCGUGUUCACAGAUCUCGUCGCGGUCGUUAUGGCCGGGGAGACGGUGCCCACUUUCUUGGCCGCACCGAUCGUCCGGCGAGCUGUGGCUAACGACGCUGCGGACGGAGAGGGCUCGCUGGAGACGGAGGAUGAGAAGAACCGUGGCAAGUCGGGGGUGGUACGGUCACGGCAGCUGGUGGUAACUGACUGA